AUGCCGGUGAAGAAACCAGUUGUUCUCCGACUCGGCGAAGACAUCAAGUACAACCACGACUAUUACAAAAAUGUCUUCACCGAACGUUUCGACGUCUUAGCAAACGAAGAGCCCGACCGGGCAUCCUUCAUCGCAGCGCUCAAAUCCAAAAAGUAUGGGGACAUUGCUGCCAUAUUCCGCCCGCACUUUCAAACAGGCGGCGAAAUGGGCCAAUGGGACGACGAGUUGAUCUCUCUUCUCCCGAGCUCAGUACGCAUUUUUGCCUCCGCGGGGGCAGGAUUCAAUUGGGCCGAUGUUGAUGCACUUGGUCGCCGGGGGAUCUGGUAUGCCAACGGCGCCGGUGCUAGCGACGAGGCCGUUUCUGAUACCGCGCUUUUCAUGAUAUUGUCUGUAUUUCGAAACUUUUGGCGCUCACAACGGGCGGCAAGGACGUGCGACCCGGAACAGUUUACCGCUAUGCAUAGACUUGUCGGCAGCAUCUCAUGGAACCCUCGCGGCCAUGUCCUCGGAAUCGUCGGACUAGGAAACAUCAGCAAGAAGCUCGCCUAUAAAGCCCGUACGGCUCUGGGGAUGGAAAUCCAUUAUUUUGACGUCAUCCGCUCUUCACCUGAACUUGAGAAGGAGUUGGAGGCAACGUUUCAUUCCACACUGCACGAGUUGCUUGCCGUGUCGGACUGUGUCACGUUGCAUACUCCGCUGAAUGCUCAUACUCACGACUUGAUGAACAAGGAGGCGUUUUCAGUGAUGAAGAAAGGUGCCCGACUUGUUAACACGGCGCGUGGCCAAGUUGUAAAUGAGGAAGCGCUAAUUGAGGCACUUCAGAGUGGAAGACUGUCUGCUGCUGCACUGGACGUUCAUUACCAUGAGCCACAGGUGUCUCAGGUGCUAGCAGACAUGGAUAACGUAACGUUGACAUGCCACAAUGGUGGCGCAGCGCUGACUACGAGAAUGAAUUUUGAGCUGAAUGCAAUGAAGAACAUUAUACAAGUGGUAGGAGAUGACGGAGAGGUGAUCGGUGAGCCUUUAACACCAGUAAAUAGAAAGGCAUUUGAGUCUGUGUCUAAAUAG